AUGAGUUUACCAUCCCAGCAGAAACCCAACAGUAAGAGAACAGGCAAGCGCAUCUCUUUUUUCAACGACCAAGGAGUGGCGAUGAAGGAGACGUCCUCUCAGCAGCAUCCAGAAGGUUCUUACUACGGCCUUGGUGCCCCAGCCCCAGAUCCUGGUCCUGGCCAGAGUAAGGCUGCAGGCACCGUCACCUCCACAACCUCCAACCCAGAGGCUCCACAUACUGGUAUGUACCUCAACUCAGUGAUCUUCAGUCCAGAGAAAGGAGACCAGAGUCGGGGACAUUACCAACAGACUGUACCCAUGAAGUGGGCUCACCAGGACCCAGCAGCUCAACCACAGCCUCAACAGAGAACUGGAACUGAGAACUGGACACAGGGUGUAACUAUGGCUAACUGGGGGCAGAACUUUGCUCCGUACCUAGGGGGCGUCAACGUCAGUGACUCACGGUCCCAGACCAAGACUGCCUUUGCCAAGCAGCAGAUCCGUGAGGGGCCUCCACCCCUGCAGCCCCAGCAGCCCCAGCCCCAGAUCCAGCCCCCUAGUAGGGCUGUGGAGAAGCAACCACCCCAGCAGAAGCAGGUGGUUAACCUUAACCCUCUCCCUGGUGGAGGAGAGGCCUACAGAGACGUUAGGGAUGUGGCCAAGCCUCACAGUCUAGAGUGGGAGCAGCAGCAUCAGGCUUCCCAACAGCAACAGCAACAGCAGUCCCAGAACCAGGUGUUUCCACAGACCCUUAAGCCUGGGGCUCUAAAUGCCCAGCAACACAGCACAUCCAACCCUGGGGGCAGCUCCGUGCUUCAGCCCUUCCAGCUAGCCUUCGGCCAGCCCAAGCAACACCUAACGGCUGGCUACUACCAGGUGUUUCAGGGGGGCAACAGGACUUUACCCAAUCUGAACUACAACCAACAGCAACAGCAAAUACAGCAACAAUUACAGCAACAACAACAAAUACAACAACAGCAAUUGCAGCAACAACAACAACCCCAACAUAUUCUAGAAUACUACCCCAGCAGCCAGAACCCACCUACCCACCCACACCCUCACUCCCAGCCGCCCGUGUUGGUGCACUCCCAAGAGCCCUCUGUUCAGGCAUCAACCCCCCCAGACCUCCAGGAGACGUCCUCAGACCCUCUAAACAUUCCCCCCCACACAGAAUCCCAGCUCCCCCCUACAGAGACCCAGCUCCAGCCUCCCCAUCUCCAGCUGCAGCUUCGAAGAUCCAGGAGACUCUCCAAGGAAGGUGGACCACCACCAGUUGACAACCCCUUCCUCAUCCCAUCUGAUGGGGCCCAGAAUGGGCCCUCUGAGGGGCCAGGUGGAGCCCCCAAGGCGGAUGAUGUCCACAUUGCCCAGGUGGCCCCUACAGGGGUCAUCCAGAGCACACGCAGAAAACGGAGGGUCUCCCAGGAGGUUAACCUGGAGACACUGGCCCAGAAAGCCUCAGAGAUGGAGUCCCUACCGCCACACAUCGUCAAGGCGCAGCACCACAGGCCCUGGAGCCCCCAAAGACCAGCGCCAGGGCGAGGGACCAUGGACAGGGAUUCAGGGGGCCACAGUGUCAAGCGGCCCCGUGAUGAGAGCAUGAUGCCGCUGGUCAUCCCUGUGUCAGUCCCCGUACGGAGGUCAGACCCCCCCUCGUCCUCGUCCUCCCCAGACGGGGAGCAAUCUACCCUGGGCGCAGGCUUGCCACAGAGACCCUUCACCCUCCAGGACGUGACCAGCAUGGACGGCAAACCCUCCGUCAUUGUCACCCGCAGGCGAUCGCUCAGGAACUCUCUGUCAGAGAGCUCAGGACAGAACGGCGGAACCGAGGGAGGGAACGACAACGACGGCAAAAAGCCCAAACGGCGUCCCCGGCCCGAACCCCUCUUCAUCCCGCCUCCCAAGCCUGGCACCUUCAUUGCCCCCCCGGUCUACUCCAGCAUCACACCCUACCAGAGCCACCUCCGCUCCCCUGUCCGGCUGAUAGACAACCCCCUGACCAUGCCGCCCUACACCCCCCCGCCCAUCCUCAGCCCGGUGAGAGGGGGAUCAGGUCUCUACUUCUCUACCUUCCUCUCCUCUGCUGCCUCCAGCCAGGGUCUUCCUCCACCAAGAGUCUGCCUCCAGCCAGGGUCUUCCUCCAACCAGGGUCUGCCUCCACCCAUCACGCCCAAAUCAGCCACACGCAGCCUGCUGAGAUCCAACAGCGUUGACAUAACCCCACCAGUGCUCUCAGUGAUCGGUGAGGCCACUCCAGUCAGCAUAGAACCGCGUAUAAACAUCGGUGUGAGGUACCAGGCAGAGGUACCAGAGCUGAGGCAGCGUUCAGCGGCCCAACAAGACCAUCCCAAGGCUGAGCUGGUCUGGGCUCCUCUUCACAACCUAGAGGCUAAACCUGGAGAUCGGGAGAGAGUGGAUGACCUCAUGAACCUGGCGUGCUCAAGCGCUCUGCACGGUGGAGGGACCAAUCAGGAGCUAGCGCUGCACUGCCUGUACGAGUGCAAUGGUGACAUCAUGGAAGCGUUGGCCCGCCUGCUGUUGAAAAACCCCAUCUUCCCAAAGAACCACCGUCUAGGAUACUACCACUACUCCGGGUCAGACAGCUGGACCUCAGUAGAGAGAAGUUGCUUUAACAAAGGGAUCGCUGCCUAUAAGAAAGACUUCUUCAUGGUCCAGAAACUGGUAAGCACUAAGACGGUGGCUCAGUGUGUGGAGUUCUACUACAGCUAUAAGAAGCAGGUGAAGACAGGUCGGAACGGAGCUCUGAUCUAUGGAGACACGGACCCACCUGAGAGCAGGAACAUUGAGGAGGAGCUGGACCACAAGAGCUUUCAGAGAUUAGGAUCUCGGAAGGAAGAGGAAGACAACAGAAAGUGGGAGGGGUCAGCUGACAGGAAGCAGCGGGGCUCCAGUCCAAGCAGGAUGACACAGACGUUACAGGCCACAGAGAACGCUGGAGCGGUCCUGGUGCUGAAAACCCAGGAGGAUGUGAGGGGAGACCAGACGUCUUCCCGGGUCAGUCACCCCCUUCAGCCCCCUCUGAAACCACGGCCGGCCCCCAAGACCAUAUCAGGGACCAAGGGCCCCGCCGGACCAGAGGGAGAGUUCCCCUGCAAGAAGUGUGGCAGGAUCUUCUACAAGGUGAAGAGCCGCAGUGCCCACAUGAAGAGCCACGCAGAGCAGGAGAAGAAGGCUGCAGCGCUGAGGCAGAAGGAGGCGGAGGAGAGGGCUGCAGCCCAGGCGGUAGAGGCUGCAACGUUACUGGCCGCGCUGCAGAAUGGGGAACUGGAGGGGAACACAGCCGGAGGAGACAGCACAAACGAUGACUCAUCUGAGGAAGAUGAAGAGGAAGAUGAGGACUGGCACUAAGACCAUAGAGAUAGAAAGAGAGCCCACCGCCCUGUCUUUGCCAUUAUGGCAAGUGCACCCUCGAUGUAUCUAUAUGGCUAAGACAGACAGACAGCGCUCUCUACUGGCAGGGUGAGGGGUAACAAAACAGAACAGAGCAGAACUCUGAGGCCUCAGAACCCUAGCGCACUCUAGUGUUCAGCUACGGCUCAAGGGACAUUUUACACCCUCUUGUUACGCCUGCUUUAGCAGCAUUUCUCUCUGGAAACAAACUGCUUUUUUAUUGUUUCAUGGAACAGGAUCUCCUAUCUUGACACUUUCAGGGACAAGUUCUUUCCCGUAUUUUCUCCCUCUUCCCUUUAACCUGCUUGUGAAGUGUUCAGGGGUUACCUUGCUCUCAGGCACACAUUAGUGUAUGAAAGGAAGCCAUGCCAUCUCUCUCUAAUGCCAAUACUUUUCUUUCUCCUGUCUGCCAUCCACCCCUGGCUUUUUCCUCUUCCUGUCAGCACUUUCAGCCAAUCACAACACAGCACACAGACUCAUCAGGUGGGAACUAUAUAGCCACGCCCCCAGCCCAGUCUUUAAAAACUAGAAUAGUUUGUGAUGCCUGGUAAUGCAAGACUACAUGCAACCCAGCUUGGCCACCUCUUUCUCUACUCUCUGCUCCCCACUUUGAUAUGUUAUUAUGAAUAGAAGGACAUCAAAUGAGUGAUUGGGACAAUGCAAUAUUGAAGUUGAAAGGACUUCCAGGUCAUGAAAAGCCCAGAUAGACUGAUGUGGUGGUAACACCGAAGAUGGUGGAUAAAUGAAGAUGUCCCACUCAGGCCGUUUACCAUUGAAAAAACAUUUCAGUUCCGGUCUGCUUAAUGGGGUGGCUCUCACAUAGGCACCAAUGCAUUAGUAGCUGGGUCUGAUCCGCGUAGGGAGUGGGAUGUCUCACUUCCUCUUCCGUCUCUGGUAACACUGCCUGUGCGGAGGCAUAUCUACAUGUGGAGGAAGGAACAGUUUAGAGAACAGAACACACAUCGUUGUGUGACUUUCAUCCUUUUUCCUGUUUGGGACUUUUUCACUCACUCAAGGCUGCCAAAAGCUUGCACAGAUGCGUCGGUCCUCAGUUCACCAAACUGGUUUCUUCUUAGUUUCAAGUGCUGUUCUUUUGGGUUUUCGUUUUGUGAAUCCUGGUCCUCCUCACUGUCGAUGCCUUUGAUGUUUUUAACGCUUUUUAUCUUUGGAUGAACGACAAUCAAUUUUACAAAGUUUCUUUUUAUAUUCAACAAAUUACUGUUGCUUUUUUGCUUAUUAUAUCAAAUUGUUAAUGUUGUUUUUGUUAAUAAUUGUAUUGUUAUUAAUAAUGUCACUGUUCUGUUGUCUCUUGUAUUAUUCUGAUUUUGAUUGUUUUUGCGGCAGGUUGCUUUGGAGAUCUCUUUCUCAUUUGACUGUAGUGUAGGGUUAUUUAAGACAUUGCUUUCGCUGUCUGUUUUGAACUGUGAGGUUUUAGAAUUAGAUCUAAAGACAGAGAAGUCGGAGAAGAGAAGAGGUGAGACAGAAUUGUAAACGUGCAGUAGAUAGAACAACCACGUGAUCCCUGAUGCCAACACCCCCUCCCCCUUCUUCCUUGUAUCCAGAUGUCACCCCAAUUUAAAACGGUUAAGGUUAGGGUAAGGGUAGGGGUUAAGGUCAGGGUUAGGGUAGGGUUUAAGGUCAGGGUUUAGGGUAGGGACGUCCCAAGGAUCCCGGGAUAGCACUAACCAUAUCAUUACGGCAGGAGGAAAGAGGGGGGAAAACAUGAUGAUGAUGAUGAUGACUGUUGAAUGAUGACUUGAAUGGGUAUGUCCACUCUAUUUAUUCUAUUUCUGUGGGGACAUCUAUAGUCUGGACUCUUAGAAAAGUAUGUCUCUAUCUAUCUAACUAUCUAUCUUAUUCUCGACAUAUCUCUUUCUGCCAAGAACCAUAUCUCUAUAUUUAUUCCCUCUGCCAAGCGCCAGAACACGCUCUAUCUGUCGCCAUGGCAACAAACAAGCAGGCUGAAGAUUCUUCUCCUUAAGCAGUCAGCCACAGUGGGGAGCAGAGAGGAACGGUUCCAAUUACCUUACCCAGUUAAACCUACCUGGGCACUAUGCACUGUGUGUGUGUCAGAGGAGGCUGGUGGGGGGGGGGAGCUAUAGGAGGACGGGGUCAUUGUAAUGGAA